AUGGAACAUCUAUUGAUACUGCCACUGUUGCUGACCAUCGUCAAUUGCAAACAAUUUGAUUUGUAUUUCGAUGCCAACGACGUGGAACCAUUGAUGGGCUUGGCUGCUCGACUGUACUACGUGCGAGGCGGCCAGCUCAACGUCAACGCCGUGCAAUACGCCUUGGAAGUACCGUCGUUUGUCAACACUUUGAACUUGACGUGGAGCUCCAAGAGUACCCUGUUGUACAAAAUGUCUGUACAGGCCGACAAGGAUAUUGUGGUACCAAAACUCAAUAUGGCUCAAGAGGGUACCGUGCCUGACAUGCCGUCCGUAUUCUCCGUGUCAUUGCCUUGCGCAGUGAAGUCUGGCAAUGCCGAAGUUAGUCUGUCAAUUCAAAUGUCAGAGAAUUGGCCAAAUGAUGUCACCGAUGUCAAUCUUGUGUUCAAAAAAUUUUGCAUAGAUCAACAUCCCAACGAAACAACGAUUGUUCCUGAAACAAAUUCUUCCGUUCCACCUUACUACGAACCAUCAUUUUUCUACCAUAUGAUAUCUGCUGCGUCCUCAUUAGUAGCACUAGCCAUAAUUUGUUGUUUGGCCACCACUUAUCACCGUGAUAAAGCACGAGAUCUCAUGAUAAUUAAAGGUUUUCAGAACAAUGAAGUAAACAUGUUUCUAAAAUCUGCACUAAAUUCAAGCAACAAGUUCAACCAAAAAUCAUUGCCGGGGUCGAAAACCAAGGUGAAAGAUUUACACGAAUGCAUUGUAGAGCUAAGUGUACAGAGGCAACGAGUUAGAUUACAGAGCAUUGAACUGGAAGGUACUUUUGGACGAGUUUACAAAGGUCUGUACACAGAUGUCAAUGGAAAAGAUGAAGACGUGUUUGUCAAGACUGUAACCGAUCAAGCAAGUGCUGUACAAAUAUCUGUGCUAUUACAUGAAGGACUGAGUAUGUACGGACUUAAUCAUAAAAACAUAUUAACAAUUCAAGCAGUGUCUGUUGAACAACACGUAGAACCUUUUCUUCUGUAUGCGUACAAUAAUAAUACAAAUUUAAAGAAAUUUUUACAAAACUGUAAGACGUCUGAAAGCAUUUCAUACACAUUGACAACUAGAGAAAUAAUCGACAUGACACUACAAAUAAUAACCGGUAUGCAAUAUUUACAUAAAAACAGGCAUCUACACAAAGAUGUCGCGGCAAGGAAUUGUCUUGUCAACCAAGAAUUAAAAAUUCAGAUAGCCGAUAAUGCUCUGUCGAGGGAUCUAUUUCCCAGUGACUACCAUUGUCUAGGAGAUAACAAGAACAGGCCGAUAAAAUGGAUGGCUGUCGAAAGUUUAGAACACAAGAAAUUUAGCACUGCCUCAGAUAUUUGGUCGUUUGGGGUUCUACUCUGGGAACUCUUGACUUUAUGCCAGCAACCAUAUUCCGACAUUGAUCCGUUUGAAAUGUCGGCUUACCUUCAAGACGGUUUUAGACUAACUCAGCCAGUCAACUGUCCCGAUGAACUGUUCACUGUGAUGGCAUGCUGCUGGGCAUUAGCCCCUAAUGAAAGGCCAACAUUUUCCCAACUAUCUAUAUUUAUGAAUGAAUUCAACAAUCAACUUGUUAAAUUUGUAUAA